AUGCUGCGUUUUUCUGAAAGGGACCUGAGUGAGAAUUUCAUCCAGGCCAUCCCCAGGAAAGCUUUCCGAGGGGCCACCGACCUCAAGAACCUGCAACUGGACAAGAAUCAGAUCAGCUGCAUUGAGGAUGGGGCUUUCCGUGCCCUGCGGGGGCUGGAGGUCUUGACCCUGAAUAACAACAAUAUCACUUCCAUCCCCGUGUCCAGCUUCAACCACAUGCCCAAGCUGCGGACGUUCCGUCUGCACUCCAACCACCUCUUCUGCGACUGUCACCUGGCCUGGCUGUCACAGUGGCUGCGCCAGCGCCCCACCAUCGGGCUCUUCACCCAGUGCGCUGCUCCGGCCCAGCUCCGCGGCCUCAACGUGGCCGAGAUCCAGAAGAAUGAGUUCAGCUGCUCCGGACAAAUGGACCCGGCACAUGCCCAGCUCUGCAGCCUGUCCUCUGGCUCCUGCCCGGCCAUGUGUGCUUGCAGCAACGGCAUCGUGGACUGUCGGGGCAAGGGGCUGACGGCCAUCCCUGCCAACCUGCCCGAGACCAUGACCGAGAUACGCCUGGAGCUCAAUGGCAUCAAGUCCAUCCCCCCAGGCGCCUUCUCCCCCUACAAGAAACUGCGGAGGAUAGACCUGAGCAACAACCAGAUCUCGGAGAUCGCUCCCGAUGCCUUCCAGGGGCUGCGCUCACUGAACUCCCGCAGAGUGGUGCUAUAUGGCAACAAGAUCACAGACCUCCCCAAGGGUGUCUUCGGGGGACUUUUCGCCCUGCAGCUGCUGCUCCUCAAUGCCAACAAGAUCAACUGCGUGCGGGCAGACGCCUUCCAGGACCUGCAGAACCUCUCGCUGCUCUCGCUGUACGACAACAAGAUCCAGAGCCUGGCCAAGGGCACCUUCACCUCCCUGCGAGCCAUCCAGACCCUGCACCUGGCCCAGAACCCCUUUGUCUGCGACUGCAACCUGAAGUGGUUGGCAGACUUCCUCCCCAAAGAGCAGUAUUUCAUCCCAGGGACGGAGGAUUACCAGCUCAACAGCGAGUGCAACAGCGACGUGAUCUGCCCCCCGAAGUGCCGCUGCGAGUCCAGCGUGGUCGAGUGCUCCAACCUGAAGCUCACCAAGAUCCCGGAGCGCAUCCCGCAGUCCACGGCCGAGCUGCGCCUGAACAACAAUGAAAUCUCCGUCCUGGAGGCCACUGGCAUCUUCAAGAAACUCCCACAUCUGAAGAAAAUCAACCUCAGCAAUAACAAGGUGUCAGAGAUCGAGGACGGGGCGUUCGAGGGGGCAUCCUCUGUCAGCGAGCUGCACCUCACCGUCAACCAGCUGGAGUCUGUGCGGAGCGGCAUGUUCAGGGGCCUGGACGGGCUGAGGACCCUGAUGCUGAGGAACAACCGCAUCAGCUGCAUCCACAACGACAGCUUCACGGGGCUGCGCAACGUCCGCCUGCUCUCCCUGUACGACAACCAGAUCAGCACCAUCGCGCCGGGCGCCUUCGACACGCUGCAGUCCCUCUCCACGCUGAACCUGCUUGCCAACCCCUUCAACUGCAACUGCCAGCUGGCCUGGCUGGGGGACUGGCUGCGCAAGAGGAAGAUCGUGACGGGGAACCCGCGGUGCCAAAACCCCGACUUCCUCCGGCAGAUCCCGCUCCAGGACGUGGCUUUCCCCGACUUCAGGUGUGAGGAAGGUCAGGAGGAGACCAGCUGCAUCCCCCGGCCCCAGUGCCCACAGGAGUGCACCUGCCUCGACACCGUCGUCCGCUGCAGCAACAAGCACCUCAAGGCCCUGCCCAAGGGGAUCCCCAAGAACGUCACGGAGCUCUACCUGGAUGGAAACCAGUUCACUCAGGUCCCGGGGCAGCUCUCCACCUUCAAGUACCUGCAGCUCGUCGAUCUCAGCAACAACAAGAUCAGCUCCCUGAGCAACUCCUCCUUCACCAACAUGAGCCAGCUCACCACCCUGAUCCUCAGUUACAACUCGCUGCAGUGCAUCCCUCCGCUGGCCUUCGAGGGCCUCCGCUCCCUCCGCCUGCUGUCUCUCCACGGCAAUGACAUCUCCAGCCUCCCCGAGGGCAUCUUCGCAGAUGUCACCUCCCUGUCCCACCUAGCCAUCGGGGCCAACCCCCUGUACUGCAGCUGCAACCUGCGCUGGCUCUCCAGCUGGGUCAAGACGGGGGGCUCUGCGCUGCCCUGGGGGGCUGGCUGCCUGCAGGACUGUCCCCGGCUCUGCACACCGCAGCGCCCCACCAAGCGGGACGGGGGCAGGGACUGCGAGGUAGCGCUCGGCGGCUGCUCUGCCAACGGGGGGACCUGCCAGACCCAGGAGGGGGAAGGAGCUGGGUUCAGGUGCCUGUGCCCGGUGGGCUUCGAGGGCCCGAGCUGCCAUGCUGCCAGCGACCCCUGCAAGGGGGAUUUCUGUGAGCAGCCACCGGAUUUCUGCGCAGCCGAGCUCAGUCCAUGCCAGCAUGGCUCCACCUGCAUCUCCACCAGCCAGGGGCCCAGGUGCGAGUGCGUGCCAGGCUACGUGGGGACCAAAUG